GAGGCGCGCGUGGAACGGCACGCCCCGACUUUGCCCACUCGGCGCCCCCGGUUCCAGAGCAACCCCGCCGGUCCGCGCCGGAGGAGAAGCGCCCGCGGCGGCAGGGGUCAGAUUCCCCCCUCCAGCCGCCGCCCCCGCCGGGGUCGCCCCCUGCUUGCUGUCUGCCUCGGCAGAAGGGCCGUUUCCACCACCACCUCCUCCUCCUGCUGCUGCUCCUCCCGCCGCUUCCUCGCCGACCGGCUCCGGGUGCAGCCCGUUGGCUCUCGCGGCAGCUCUCUCGCCGCCAGGGGCCAGCAGCAGCGUCGAGCGACCUGCUGGGCAUCUCCGCUUCGUCCUUCCCGGGGCGAUGCCAUCGCCUGGCCAGGCUCCGGACGCUGCUGGGGCCCCCGGAGGGAGCGCCGAUCCGGGCAGGCUCAGCAGCAGCUGCCGCGUCUUCCCUUGCCCGCCGGGAAACCCCCCCAGUUCCCACUGCUCAGCUCAGGCUUGGUCCUCAUGAGCAACUGUUCUAAUGCAGCCAAUGGUCAUGCAGGGAUGCUCAUUCACCCUCCCCAGAUGUCGUGAAUGGCACACCACCGGGACAUCCCGUCGCAACAGCACUUCCUACCCUCAGUCUCAGGUUAAAACAGCCCGUGAUGGCACCAUACCGGCCAGUCUGAACAGGAAACCUCCAAACGGUGCUGUUGGGCCCCAGAUGACUCUGGAAAUGAAUCUAUGCUGGAAUGAGAUUAAGAAAAAAUCACACAGCCUUCGGGCUCGCCUUGAGGCCUUCUCAGACCACAGUGGAAAGCUGCAGAUUCCUUUGCAGGAGAUCAUUGACUGGCUUAGCCAAAAAGAUGAGGAAAUUUCUGCCCAGCUACCACUCCGUGGGGACGUUCCCCUGGUACAGCAGGAGAAAGAGAGGCAUGCGGCCUUCAUGGAAGAAGUGAAAUCUCGAGGACCAUACAUUUAUUCCGUUUUGGAAUCAGCUCAAGUUUUCCUUACUCAGCACCCAUUUGAAGAAGUGGAAGAUGUAAAUCUUGACAGCAAAGAUGUCUCCCCAAGACACCGGAUCCAGAACAUCAGCCGUUUUGUGUGGAAGCAGGCAACGGUGGCCAGCGAACUAUGGGAGAAGCUAACAGCCCGCUGUGUUGACCAGCACCGUCACAUUGAAAGGACCCUAGAGCAGCUGCUGGAGAUCAAAGGGACCAUGGAGGAGCUGAGCACCACUCUCAACCAAGCUGAAAGUGUGCAAGAGACAUGGGAACCCAUUGGAGAUCUCUUCAUUGAUUCUUUGCCAGAGCAUAUCCAGGCCACCAAGUUGGUCCAAGAGGAGCUCUCCCCCAUGAAAGAUGGAGUGAAACUUGUGAAUGACCUUGCACAUCAGCUGGCUAUCUCUGAUGUUCAUCUGUCCAUGGAGAACUCCCGUGCUCUAGAACAGAUCAACACACGCUGGAAACAAUUACAGGUCUCCAUCAACGACCGUCUGAAGCAUCUUCAGGAUGCCCACCGGGACUUUGGGCCAGGAUCACAACACUUCCUCUCGACCUCAGUCCAGGUCCCCUGGGAACGAGCUAUUUCUCCCAAUAAAGUCCCUUACUACAUCAACCACCAAGCCCAGACAACAUGUUGGGACCAUCCAAAGAUGACUGAAUUAUACCAAACGCUAGCUGACUUGAACAACAUCAAGUACUCUGCUUACCGUACAGCCAUGAAGCUACGGAGGGUGCAGAAGGCUUUGAGACUGGACAUGAUGACCCUGGCAACAGCCUUGGAGCUGUUUAAUGAGCAUGAGCUGCAGCCCAGUGACCACGUGAUGGACGUGGUGGAAGUGAUCCAUUGCUUGACCUCUUUGUAUGAGCGGCUGGAGGAGGAAAGAGGCAUUCUGGUCAACGUCCCUCUCUGUGUGGACAUGAGCCUGAAUUGGCUGCUCAAUGUUUUUGACAGUGGGCGCAGCGGGAAGAUGCGGGCCCUCUCCUUCAAGACGGGCAUUGCUUGUCUCUGCGGCACGGAGGUGAAGGAGAAAUUCCAGUAUCUCUUUAGCCAGGUGGCCAACUCCAGCGGGCUCUGUGACCAGAGGCAUCUCGGCAUCUUACUGCACGAAGCCAUCCAAGUCCCACGACAGUUGGGGGAAGUGGCAGCAUUUGGCGGGAGCAAUGUGGAGCCCAGUGUGCGCAGCUGUUUCCGCUUUGGAAAUGGCAAAGCAGCCAUUGAGGCAACUCAGUUCCUGGAAUGGGCAAACUUAGAGCCACAGUCAAUGGUGUGGCUGGCCGUCCUUCACCGAGUAGCCAUUGCUGAGCAAGUAAAACACCAGACCAAGUGCUCCAUCUGCCGGCAAUGCCCUAUCAAAGGUUUCAGAUACCGCAGCCUCAAGCAGUUCAAUGUGGACAUCUGCCAGACAUGUUUCCUGACGGGACGAGCCAGCAAAGGCAACAAGCUGCAUUAUCCUAUCAUGGAAUACUACACGAUGACCACUUCCAGCGAGAACAUGAGGGAUUUUGCCACCACCUUGAAAAACAAGUUCCGUUCCAAGCAGUACUUCAGCAAACAUCCCCAGAGAGGAUACCUGCCAGUCCAAUCCGUGCUGGAGGCCGACGUCGUUGAAACGCCAGCCUCUUCUCCGAUGUUACCACAUGCUGACACCCAUUCUCGGAUUGAGCACUUUGCUAGCAGACUUGCAGAGAUGGAAAGUCAGACUUCUUCUUUUUACAAUGACAACCUUUCUCCAGAUGAUAGUCUGGAUGAAGAUCAAUAUCUUUUGCGCCAUUCCAGCCCUGUCACAGACGGAGAACCUAUCUCCAGCCAACAGGCCCAGAAUGGCACCAGGACAGAUGAUAAAGGAGAACUGGAAAGAAUUUUGGCCCACCUGGAGGAUGAAAACAGGAUCCUUCAGGGAGAGCUGAGACGUCUGAAGUGGAAGCACGAAGAGGCCGCUGAGUCUGCACAAGGAGCUCCGGAAACAGCACAGGAUCCCCCUAGUGAGGAGCUUUUAGCCGAAGCCCGCAUUCUUCGACAACACAAGAGCCGCCUCGAGACCCGGAUGCAAAUCCUGGAGGAUCACAACAAGCAGUUAGAAUCUCAGCUGCAGCGUCUGAGGGAGUUGCUUCUUCAGCCACCAGCCAAUUCCAAAGAAGAAGGCUCUGCCACGUCCACCGUGACUUCUUCUCCUCAACCAUCUGAAGGGAGUCAGCCGAGGGAAAAAGAUGCAAGCACGCCAAACACCGAAAUGGCAGAUGAAGUAGAGGCAAAGUCCCAGGAUGUCAGCCUGUGCCUAGAAGAUAUCAUGGAGAAAUUGCGGAAUGCUUUUCCCAAUUCCAGAGGACAAAGACCUAAACCCUUGGCCUUGUGGAAGAAGUCUCUCACGUUCUCCUAGAGACUUAGAAUUGGCAGCUGCUGGUAUAAGCCACCAUCUUAGCAUUUGCUUCUGGUUCAUUGGCUUCUGAUUGAGGCCUGCAAUUCCCAGUCUCUAACUGUUUGCUAAUUGCUUUGCCAGCUUGUUAAUAUUAAACCUGCUUUUGCUCAUCAGUGAUGUCAAACAUCAAGAUGUAUCCGUCCUCCUGGUGAAGCUGCUUCACCCCUUCUAAAAUCAAGCGCAGGGUGUAGAUACGUCCAUCCCCAUAAGAUGUGAAAAAUCUUUAAUCACGCUGAAUGCCAUCUUGUUGCAGACAUUCCAUGAAGUCCUGACAAAGGACAUGACCCUCAUUAAAAUAAAUCAGGUCUGUACAGAUUUCAAAAAUGUUUGGCCCCAAACAUUUUGGGUCUCACGUCAACGUAGUAUCUCUGCUCUUCAUUAAACCAGCCAGCUCUUUUUUUUCAAGCUUCUGUGGGAGUUGAAAAAUGCUGUGGCUGCUUGAAGAGACACAAUCGGUUCCUAGAAGUUCAACAUUGCUGCUUCCCAAGCUGUAUUCUUAAUGAUAAACCAGCGGGCACCACCACGAACAUUGUUGGAUAUGACUCUAUUUUGUUUUCUCUUCCAGGUCCAACCUCCUUAAUCUAACACCUCCUGAAGGCAACAGGCUUUAUCUAACCAGUUCUUGCCAACUGCUAUCCUCCUUCCUCUUCACUUCUAUCUUUCCCUCAUGUGGUGGGUUUCACUCGCAUCCUCAAUGGAGAGUUAAUCAGGAUCUGUGCAAGCCUGGACUCCCUGCAGACCUCUACUUAGAGACUUCAGGAGACUUCCCGGAAGAGUGAUCUAGGAUCAGCAAAACAAAGUCAAAACCCAGUGCCAGAAGAAGCCCAGGUUUAAGGAACUGGGAAGGGGCAAAUGGAAAGCGAAGGGAGAAAUCUUUCCCAGCAAAACACUGACAAAAAACAGUGGCCUGUUCUCUUUUAUGGUCUGUGAAUUGUUGCCGUUUGUGAGAUCCCUUUGGAAUUGAGGUGACCUGCUAAGGAUCUCGCCUAAGCCGGUCAAGUAGUAGUUUAAGAUAGCAGAGACUGAAACUGCUUUCAUAAGAACUGAUUGACAGAUACUUUAAAAAAAAAAAGACAAUUUAAGGACAUGAAAAGAAAAUUACGUUUAGAGAUUAGGAUAUUGUGAAAUGACCGCGUAUUUCCAUACCUAACACGCUCAGCGGAAACGAUGGAACGAAUCGGAAGAAAUCUCACAGACUUAGAAGAGAAAGAAUAGAUUUUGGAAAUAUAUCAUUUUAGCCGCAGCAGCAGCAGCAGCAGCCGCCUUAUGAGUGAUAAGCUUUAUAACAAAAAGCCUUAUAGUUUUAUUUGUGUGUGUAUACACACAGAGAGAGAGAGAGAGAGAAAUACAAUGUUGUCUAUAUUGUAUUUAAGUGUAGUUAUGGACUCCAUCAUGCAUUAAAUUCUAAUUCCUGGUUGUAUGUUUGUUUUGCCUUGCCUCUUUCAGUCUUGUUUCAAACACUGAGGCUGAUAAGUUUUGUUUUUAACAGGAUGGAAGAAAAAUCUUUGCUCUCUCCCCGUUUUUUGCUUUAGCAGGGUUUUCAAAAAAAAAAAAAAAAAGGCUAGCUUUGUCUUUUGGCACCGGAUUGCUCUCCACUGGAAAGACUCUGGAGCAGGGAGAUUUGGGGGCCUUCUUCCAUCCCUCUGGUUGAUCUACACAUUGCAGCAUGAAGCCCAUGGGUCAAGGAGGUCAGACAAAAUGCCUGGGGUGAGCUCUUGCCCUGCACCUUUAGUAUGGAGUAGAGUUAAAGCGUAAUUGAUUGAAAUGCUACUCAGAGUCUUGCACUACCAACAAUAGAGAACAUCAAUAGCUCAGUUUUGUACUGCGGAGUCCUCAGUGCUCUCCAAGCUUGCUUGUUUGCUUACAGAUGUCUCCUUACCCAACUUGAUAACAUCAUCAGUGCUAGAAGGGAGUGGAUUUUCUCCCUGUUUAUAUAUAUGCUAGAAGGGAAUGGGGGUUUUCUCUCUGUUUAUCUAUAGUAGCUUGCCCUUCCAGUUUUGGUGGAAUUGUGGUUUUUCCUUGGUAGUUUCUUUACUACGGUAUUGUUUCCCUCUUGUUUGUCUGGUGGUAAUCCCUGCUUAUCUGGGUGUUGGUUGCUGGAGAGGACUGAUUUUGUCUUUUUUGUUUCCUUCUUAGCUUUGUUAUUGUCUCCUUUGAAUGGUGUGUAAAUAUGCCUCCUCUCUAUGUGUCCUGAUGUUAUCUAGCUGGGUAAUGAAACAUUUGCAAUCAAACAGCCAAGCUCGGAGAGCACCAAGGACUCCAGAAAUUCCAAACAGAUUUUCUAGAAAGGAGCUCUUCAAAACAGGCAGUUUUGUCUUCUGGGAAACAAUCCUUUGCAUAUUUUAUUUCUGCCACAGAAUAUUGCUGUUGGCCAGAAGGACCGAGAAGAUGUGAGCAAGAAAACAUAAGCACAGGCUGGAUAAAUUAUGUAUGCUUAUCACUGCUGGAGUGUAAGUUUAAGCCAACGUGCUUCUUAUUAGAAUCAUUCAAGAUAUUUUUUUUUAAUUUCCACUGAUUUAUAAUAAAUAUACAUUGUUGUGUAAGAACAGAAGGUGGGAAAAUUAUUCCAAAUUUCUCCAACUGAGAGGGGAUAGGUGAUACAGAUUCCAUUGUGUCUAUGGGAUAAAGAGAACAAAAUGGACAAAACAAAUAGGAAAAACAAGUAUGGCCCAGAUAAGUCUUCUCCCAUGUAUUAGUUUGGCUGGGUGAGAAUAGCAGGCACCCACAUCAUUCACGUGCAUUCAGCAUCCAUUUUGUCACAGGACUGACACGUGUGCCAGUCAGGAGCAGCAUCUAUGGAGAUUCUCAGUCAUCCAGCAUAUGGUUGUCCCAAAGGAGUUUUUGCAAAAGGCAACUGGACUUCCUAUGUUUUUCUUGAAGAUGUUUCACUUCUCAUCCAAGAAGCUUCUUCAGUUCUGUACCAAUGGUAUACCCAUGAUGGAUGUUGGAAUAUCUAGUCAGUAGUAGUAUUUACAACCCUGAAUUAAAGCCAUCAGUAUGGGUUGGUUGGAGACUGUGAACUCUGAUUUGUUCUAAAGCAAACAUCCCUUGUAGAGCUUGGGUUUUAGUCAAGUAUGUUGGAUGGUUUGUGUAGUGUCGAAUUUAAUGCGCAGUGAUUGGAACAAGAUCUCUGUAUAUGGCAUUUACCUUUGCAGAGCAUGGGCUGAAGAGCCGAUAAAGGAGAAUAUCGGUAGCUCAGGGUUGAAAUGAGUUCUUGCUGCUCUUUGAGCUUCAUUGUUUUCUUGCAGAUGUUUUAUUACCCACUGGGUAACAUCAUCGGUGAACAGAUCAUCCGUUCACUGAUGAAGUUACCUACUUGGGUAAUGAAACAUCUGCAAGAAAACAAACUACGAGAGCACCAAAGGCUGAAGAACAUCUCUGUUCAAAAGAAAGGUGCGCUUUUUGAGGCCUCUCUUAGACAGUUGCCCUGUUUCGGUGCACUUGUAUGUUACAGUUGUUGCUUUAGCAGUAGAAGGUACACUGGGUUUUUACUUUUCAGUGGAUGAUGCCAAGAAUGGUUCUUCAUUGUAACAUUGUGAAUUGUCAGGAAGUCUACAGAGGUUGAAAGUAGGGUAAGCCGAGAAGAAUAUUGCAGCAUGUCAGGUUAUUUUAUAAAGUGGAGGAGAGACUGCGGCAUUUUGAAUAUUUGGGUAGGUUCCAUGCAGUAAAUAUUUAAAGACUGUCUGGGAUGGUUGCUGGCUAUAGAAGGAGGCAAACUCUGGAGUUGCUGCUUGGAUUUGCAGAUGCUCUGCGGGAAGCCAGGUUGAAUGGGAGCUCCAACAACCAAUGUUAAAUCAGCCUCUUGGAAUUAAUGGUUGCGUUCGGCUGCAAUUCUCGCUAUUCUACUCCUACAGCUGUACAGCCCUUUCUACUUUUUGCAUUUCAAAAAAAAAAUUUUUUCUCCAGGAAAACCUGGGGAACGCAAUUUUACGACAGUGAUUUGUUUUCCUGGUAUUCGUUUCAUACCGAUCUAGUAGAGUUUCAGCUUGAUAUGUUUGAAACAUUCCCUCUGGAUGCUUCUUGGAGUUACUAGGAUUAGGAACCAGAAGUUGACUUGCAAUACCCUGUCAGUGUUGGUGAGAGUGUUGCUGGUUGACCCCAAGAUUAAUACUAGACCAACAAUCAAGCAAUAAGCAAUACCUCAGUCAAGGAGCUACCAAUUCAGUCAAAUAGUCAACAGUCUAAUCAAAUAACCACCAAGAGCACUCUCGCCAACACUGAUAGGGCAAGCCACUAGAAUAUAAAUUGAGAGCAAACCCCAAUCCCUUCUAGCACUGAUGUUACCUAGUUGGGUAAUUAAAUGUCUGCAAGAAAACAAACCAGUUCACAGAGAACCAAGGACGCAACAUGAAAGGAUGUAAUAGCUGGGAUUGCCCUUUCAAUGUGUAAAUAGACCUAAUCCUUUCUAUGGCAUGUGGUCAUUGCCAGCACCGGUUCUCUGGAGGUGCAGCAUCCUACUGCCAAAGAGAUGGCCAGCAAGUUCUUCUCCUUUGAUCUCCCAGGACAUCUUUUGUGGUCCAUCCACAGAAGAGGAGCAGCCAAGAAUAAACUCAGAAUUUAGAUUGUUUGAUGAUGGAAUGAGGGGAGGACUCUCUUGAGUUAAAGCAAGUGAAUGGAGGGAAAGGAGGGUUUCUUUCUCUAAAGAUCAGGAGCUAAUCUUGACAGAUUAUAAUGUCUUCACUCGAGUCUUCUCCAUUUCUUCUGUUCUGGAAAACGAUGACAAUAAAUUUGUAUUUCUGUUGAAUUUCC